GGGAGGCUUUCUCUGCCCGGCGGCUCGGACCUCGUCGCGUCGCCGCCACGUUCCGGUGACCGCAGGCCGAAUCGUCGGGCUUCCCCGGGCACUUUCCCUUCCUCGCGGCCGGGCCCCCGAGGGUCUCACUAGGUUGGCGAUCCGGCACCUGGCACGGGGGCUGGACGCGCCGCUUCCCAGCCCGGGUCCUCCGCAGGUCCUGGUGAUUGAGGCGGAGUUGGAAGGAGCCCGCGUUUCCUCCCCACGUGGUCUGCGAGAGGAGAACUCGCUCCGCCCCCUGGUGGGAGGCCCGCUCCUAAUGUGUGGUUGGCGCCUGCCCCCAGAUGCUGAGGUGCCUGAAUCCCUGGCGCGGGCCCUUCCUGAGCUCUAGUCGGAGGAAGCUGUGCCUUUUCAAGCAGCAUCUAUUUACGAUGAAGUUGCAGUCCCCAGAAUUCCAGUCACUGUUCACAGAAGGAUUGAAGAGCCUGACAGAAUUGUUUGUCAAAGAAAAUCAUGAAUUAAGAAUAGCAGGGGGAGCAGUGAGGGAUUUAUUAAACGGAGUAAAGCCUCAAGAUGUGGAUUUUGCUACGACUGCUACUCCUGCUCAAAUGAAAGACAUGUUUCAGUCGGCUGGUAUUCGUAUGAUAAACAACAAAGGAGAAAAGCAUGGAACAAUUACUGCCAGGCUUCAUGAAGAAAAUUUUGAAAUUACUACACUGCGGAUUGAUGUUGUCACUGAUGGAAGACAUGCUGAGGUAGAAUUCACAACUGAUUGGCAAAAAGAUGCUGAACGCAGAGAUCUCACUAUAAAUUCUAUGUUUUUAGGUUUUGAUGGUACCUUAUUUGAUUACUUCAAUGGUCAUGAAGAUUUAAAAAAUAAGAAAGUUAGGUUUGUUGGAAAUGCUAAACAAAGGAUACAAGAAGAUUAUCUUCGAAUUUUAAGAUAUUUCCGGUUUUAUGGGAAAAUUGUAGACAAACCUGGUGAUCAUGAUCCUGAGACUUUGGAAGCAAUUGCAGAAAACGCAAAAGGCUUGGCUGGAAUAUCAGGAGAGAGGAUUUGGGUGGAACUGAAAAAAAUUCUUGUUGGUAACCAUGUAAAUCAUUUGAUUCACCUCAUUUAUGAUCUUGAUGUGGCUCCUUACAUAGGUUUACCUACUAAUUCAAGUUUAGAAGAAUUUAACAAAGUUAGUAAAAACGUUGAUGGUUCUUCACCAAAGCCAAUGACCCUCUUGGCCUCAUUAUUCAAAGUACAGGAUGAUGUCACAAAAUUGGAUUUGAGGUUGAAGAUUUCAAAAGAAGAGAAGAACCUUGGUAUAUUCAUUGUUAAAAACAGGAAAGAUUUAGUUAAAGCAACAGAUAGUUCAGAGCCACUGAAACCCUAUCAAGACUUCAUUAUAGAUUCUAGGGAAUCUGAUGCAACGACUCGUGUGUGUGAACUCCUGAAGUACCAAGGAGAACAUGGUCUUCUAGAACAAAUGCAGCAGUGGUGCAUUCCUCCAUUUCCUGUAAGUGGCCAUGACAUCAGAAAAGUGGGCAUUUCUUCAGGAAAAGAAAUUGGGGCUCUGUUACAGCAGUUGCGAGAACAGUGGAAAAAAAGCGGCUACCAAAUGGAGAAAGAUGAACUCCUCAGUUACAUCAAGAAGAGUGAAAAUUAAUGGCAGAAAAUUUGGGAUAAGGCUAGGUUUUCUUCUCUCUCAGUGAGAUUUAAGAGACUUGAAUGUAGAGCAGAAUGAAAGCCAGCUUAGUGCACCUCCUUAGAUCAACAGUGGUCUUCAGUUGUGAAACACAAUUAUACUUCAGGCAGUAAACUCAAGUCUACCUCCUCUUAAUCUCAUUUACAUCCUUGAACCUUGUGGUUCUUCUGGGAUGGUUCCUGCUGCAAAUAGUAUAGUUGGCUUCCCCUGUCUUCAUCUGUCUAGACUUUUAAAUGUUUUUUCCCCCCAGUAUGUGCAUUACUGACUGAUCUUAAAAGUGGUAACUACCUUGAAGAAAAAAAGUGUUUCUUAAUGUUUGCAGUUGAAAUAACUGCAUUAUUUUAUCAUUGUCAGUUCUUACUUGAAUUCUAGAGUGAACUUGUGUUGAAAUUAGUUGACAGAAUAUCCUGUAUAAAAUUAUGAAGACCAGGUAUGUCCCAGGUAGCUGGCAUUCAUACACCCAAAACUGGCUUUAGCAAGCUCUGAGUUUUAGUAUAUAGUUGAUACUUUCCUUUGACAUGAUGAUUUCUUUAACUUUGCAUGCUAAGCCUUAGGAAGACUGGCUUGAGUUAACUCCUGAGCCUUUUAUUUUAAUAAAUAUUCCCUUUGGAAUUGGAAGACAAGUGUGUUUAUAUGGUAUGUGACAGUAUACUUCAGGUUUUAUAUAUGGCGACAAUAUUCCCAUACCCUUAGUAAUACUCCCAUACCCUUAGUCAUUGUUCAUUUUUUUCAUGAAUUAAAAAGGCCUAUAUUAAAAUACGCAUGGCCAGGCGUAUAUGAAUGUUCUUUAAAGGCUUGAGCCCUAAUUGCUUUUGGUAGAUAAAUGGGUGUAAAGUAUUGUUUUCACUUGUUACAUUCUGACAUUUUAAAACUGAUUUUCCUUUUUGUGUGGCCAGUCACAGCAUCUUUGUCCCUUGUGGGGACGGGUCAGUAAUUUAAGUCCUCUUAAAUUCAUAGAAUCUUUACUAUGCUAAAAAAUUUCAUACAGAGCUAUAGCUAUUUUAGAGAUCUUGUUAUGUAUAAAACCAUUUUAAAAUAGUGUUAUAUGCAUUUCUUUUCCAUAGCAGAAAAUUUUAUUUGCAAGUGUCAGUAGACAAAAUAGAAUACUCUCAGAUUACACCCUUCAGGUGGCAAUAGUAAAAGCAGUGUGCCUUCUCUGACUGUAGUGAGAUGUACUGUGCCACUGGAAAGAACUGCCUAGGAUCUGUUUAGUGUAAGACUAUGUGUGGACAACUCGGACAGCCCUAUAAGCCCAAGGUUCUCAUUAGUAAUGCAAAUCAAAGAAGGCAGAGGCAUGUGCUAAAGAACAGACAGCAUUCUUGAGUUGCUUUUCAUCUACUCCUUUCUGUACAAAAAUAUGCAAUGGAGAACUUCAUUUGGAUUGUUUUAGCCUAGGCAAUCACAACCAUUGCACGUUUGCUAAAAGAAAAUAAAACAUAAGAGAUUUAACAGUC